AUGGCUUGCCAUACCAGCGCGCCUCUCUCUAGCGCGCUUGAGCUUCCCAUGGCCGGCUUCUGCUCCUUCAACCAACCAGCUGCCUUUUUAUCAUCAGCGUCCGCUCUACAUGCUGUUUGGCUGAUUGAACACACCUGUGCUGCUGUCGUGGGCGUGUCCAGAUAUGAUUGGCGAGCAAAGACCCUGCUUCGCAACCCUCUGGCGGACGGAAAGUACAGCACCCUCAAGCACCUGCUUCUCCGCCGUUACUCCGACUCAGAAUGCGCCGAGAAGUUGCUUUCUCUGGCUCCGGUAUGGAUCGCUCUGGCUAACUCUUCCCUGCUGCGGGAGAAGGAUUACCACUCGCUGGCGGAAGAAGUUGAUCUCAUCCUCCUGGCUUCCAAGACCUUCACGGUCCAGUCCGCUUCAGCGCAAGGGGGCUGCGCUGCCUCCCACCCUGCAAGCCGACGCCUGCUAGCAGCCGCGGCCAUCGGCGAUAAGAAGACGCUGCUCUUUGUUGAGGAUUUGCGAUCGGGGAGACGUUUUCUGGUGGAUUUGGGUUCGCAGAAGAGCCUCGUUACCCCGGCGGGCUCCGACAGGCUUGCUGAGGGCUGCGGUCCCCAGCUGACCGCCGCUAAUGGUUCUCCAAUCAAAACAUUCGGAGAAAGUAUAUUGCCUUUUGCAAUUGUUGAUUUUGAAAAUGGUGGAGGAUUGGCAGUGAUCCCGACCAAAUGGUUUAUCGGGCCUGAGGAGGAUGAAUGCUACUGGCCACCAGCAAGAGUUAACAUUGCCAAGGCGGUCAUAGACCAACAGGACCCACACUCUGACUGGGCAACCUUCAAGUUGACUGUCAAGAGAAAAGCAGCCACAUACGAGAUAGCCCGUAUAAAAUUGGUUGAGUUUGAACAGAACACAUACGACCCGACAGAGUCUGAUUCUGCGGAGAACAUGGGAAGGGGGAAGCGCAAAAAUAGGUCUAUACUGACACCUCCUCUGCCUCCAUCCUCCCUCAGGUCUGCGCUGACACCACCUCUGCCUCCAUCCUCCCUCAGGUCUGUGCUGACGCCUCCUCUGCCUCCAUCCACCCACACGCCUACACCUUCACUACCUCCAUUCACCCACAGGUCUGUGCUGACGCCUCCUCUGCCUUCAUCCACCAACACGCCUACACCUCCACUACCUCCAUUCACCCACAGGUCUGUGCUGAUGCCUCCAUUGCCGUCUUCCACCCAGAGGCCUACACCUCCUCUGCUUCCUGCCACCCAGAGUUCCACCCUGACACCUCCUCUGCCUCCAGCCCCCCUCAGGUCAGCCAUGUCAACACACGAAUCCCUGCAAAUGCAAAUAAGGGACAACGUCCUUUUUCACAUCCUGAAAGUCCUUGAGGAAGUCAAAGAAACCCUAAGAGUUCAUGGAAGGAUGCUACAAACCAUGGCACAGCGUGGCAACAGUGGUGACACCCUUUCUAUCAUCCCAGAUGGUUUCCCCCUAAAGACAGUUGGGGAGGUCGAGGUAAUGGAGGAAAAACUGUCUGAACCAAGCUUCAUGUCUGAACUGGUCACAGCAGUGGCAGACAUUGGAGGGAGCACUGUGGAUGACGCCACAAGAUGUAUGAUGGUCUUUAUCAUGGACCAUGACCUUUCCAGACAGUAUAACUUUGUGGGCCGGAAUGGAAAGCGGGAGUUCAGGACUUUAAAGCUGUUUGAAGUCAUAUUUGGAGCUUUAAAGAAGAAUGCCUUAACCAGCCAGAUCACCAGGAAGGAUGUGGAGAGGGCAGUUUCCAAAUGGCUGAUUGGAUCAAGGGACAGGGGAGGCAAUAGACAGGCCAGACAGGUCCCUCCUUCUCCCUCCUUUUCCCACUAGAUCCACUUCUUGCUCAUCGGAAGAACAUUUGUUAUGGGACCUUUUUUUUUUUUCUUGAUGUAUAACACUUUCUCAACUUGUUAUAAUCUGUAUUAUAUUGUGUGUGUAUUAUGCAUCU